CCCGGGGCGGAGAGAGGCACCUGGGUGGGCCGGGCCGCCCCCGAGCGCGCCCGCAGUCUCCCGCGCUCGGCCGCUGCAGAUUCGCCCGCCGGCCGGACCAUGCCCUGGGCCGUGCUCCUCGGCCUCCUGGCCGCGCUGCUGCUGCUGUUGCUGCUGACCCGCCGGCGCACGCGGCGACCUGGCGAGCCUCCCCUGGACCUGGGCAGCAUCCCCUGGUUGGGCUACGCCUUGGAGUUUGGAAAGGAUGCUGCCGGCUUCCUCACGAAGAUGAAGGAGAAGCACGGUGAUAUCUUUACUGUGCUGGUGGGGGGCAGGUACGUCACUGUCCUCCUGGACCCACACUCCUACGACGCGGUGGUGUGGGAGCCUCGCACCAAGCUGGAUUUCCACGCCUACGCUGUCUUCCUCAUGGAGAGGAUUUUCGACGUGCAGCUUCCGCAUUACAACCCCAGCGAUGAAAAGGCCAAGAUGAAACCGACCCUCCUCCACAGGGAGCUGCAGGCGCUCACAGAAGCCAUGUACACCAACCUCCGCACGGUCCUGCUGGGCGACGCCGCAGACGCGGGCAGUGGCUGGCACGAGAUGGGCCUCCUCGAUUUCUCCUACAGCGCCCUGUUCCGAGCCGGGUACCUGACGCUGUAUGGAGUCGAGGCCCUGCCACGUACGCCUCAGAGUCAGGCCCAGGACCGCGUCCACUCAGCCGACGUCUUCCACACCUUCCGCCAGCUCGAACUGCUGCUUCCGAAGCUGGCACGAGGCUCCCUGUCAGUGGGGGACAAGGACCGUGCAUGCAGCGUCAAAGGUCGCCUGUGGAAGCUGUUGUCGCCCUCCAGGCUGGCUACCCGGGCGCAACGGAGCAGCUGGCUGGAGAGCUACCUGCGGCACCUGGAGGAGAUGGGCGCGUCGGAGGAGAUGCGGGCGCGGGCCCUGGGGCUGCAGCUCUGGGCCACACAGGGGAACAUGGGUCCAGCUGCCUUCUGGCUUCUGCUCUUCCUCCUCAAGAACCCCGAGGCCCUGGCUGCCGUCCGUGGAGAGCUCGAGCGUGUCACCUGCCGCGCAGAGCAGCCCAUCUCGCAGAUGACCACCCCCCCACCGAAGGUUUUGGACAACAUGCCUGUACUCGACAGCGUGCUGAGUGAGAGCCUCAGACUCACGGCCGCGCCCUUCAUCACCCGAGAGGUCGUGGUGGACCUGGCCCUUCCCAUGGCAGACGGCCGGGAAUUCGCCCUGCGACGUGGGGACCGCCUCCUCCUCUUUCCGUUCCUGAGUCCACAGAAGGACCCAGAAGUCUACACAGACCCAGAGGUAUUUAAGUAUAACCGAUUCCUAAACCCUGAUGGAUCAGAGAAGAAAGACUUUUACAAGGAUGGGAAGCGACUGAAGAAUUACAGCUUGCCCUGGGGAGCUGGACACAAUCAGUGCCUGGGGAGGGGUUACGCCAUCAGCAGCAUCAAACAGUUCAUGGUCCUGGUGCUGAUGCACUUUGAUCUGGAGCUGGUCAACCCCGAUGUGGAGAUCCCUGAGUUUGACCUCAGCAGGUAUGGCUUCGGGCUGAUGCAGCCAGAACACGACGUGCCUAUCCGUUACCGAAUCCGGCCGUGAGAUCCGGAAGCAGACGGGACUCCACACGCUCGCCCCCACCCAGCCCACACCCGAUCGAUCACCCAACUUUCUCUGUCUGCCUCUGGCCUGGGUGUGGAGCUUUGAAUACCCAGAGGCUCCGGCUUUCGCACUUUCCUGCUUUUUUUCCUGGAAGGCUGGUCUAGGGGAGGGGAAAAAUGGAAGCUGAGAGAUUUGUACAAAAUGAGGCUCUUUCUGCUCCCAGCUCACCUUGCUCCUCUCAUCCUAUGACACCCACAAAAGUUAGGGCAGACAAGACAGACUAGGAGUCCUGAUAGCUGUUCGCCUGGCCUCCAGGAGGGCCACCAUGCAAGUCCUUGUCAACGGUGUGGUUGAGGCCUUAACCACUCAAAGCGGCUGCUGGCUGUAAGACCAGUUGGGAUCUAGCAGUGUGUCCCAUGAAAUAAGCUCAUCCCCAAAUUAUUAAUAAACUAGCUGAAGCCAAGGGCCUUAGCAGACCUGUUUCAGUUCCCUCGUCUCUCUGUUCACACCGAUUGUUGAGCAAAUACGGGAGGGUUUUCCUGAAGCUACGCCGCCAAGAUGCAGGUCGUGAGCUCCCUCUGGACGCUGGGCUCUGGGCAGUACACCUCGCUGUUCUGGAGUUGUGGACUCCAGAUGCGACAAGCUUUGCCUGUGCUGGGACUCAGGUCAGGGAUAAGAAAGACACAGGCUCCACAGGGUGGUCCAGAGGGAAGGAAGCAGCCUUGAGCCGGGCAAGCCAAGCAAAGAGGAGGCUUUGGUUCUCUACAUUCUAGCUCAGAAGCUCCAGCUGUGAGCAUGAUCCAGUCUGCAGACCUGUUUUGUUUGGCAUACACUUAAAAAAUAUUGCACAUCAGUUGUUUUCAUACCUUCUUUGGGAGAGUUGGUUCAAAAUGUGCAGCUUCUCUUGAAAACUUCGAAGAGCUGGGCACACUGGGCCCAUAUUCCCAAAGGCACCCACUGGCUGCCUCCCUUAUCUGGGACUUGUGUGCGCUGGCUCACCAGGGUUUCCAGUUGGUGGAAUUUUUUUUCCGCUUCUCCUUACCUUCACAGUACCUCCUGGCCCAUGAAGGCGUUCGAGUUUGAGAACCCUGUUCUGACUCUUACAAGUGACCUUUUAGGAGGUGGUAGGAACCUGCUGGUUGGCUCUCAGACUGCUGGUCCACCCUUCUACGUGCGCCACCCUUUGAACAAACAGAUCAAUGAUGAAAACUUGCCUUUGUAUCGAUUUAGGGGGAAAAAAAGUUCAAAGAGAAAAGUUGCCUAGAAACCUUUAUGAUGACGUAAGUGUUAUUAACAUUAGGUUCUGUUUAUUAAGGACUCUCCAAUGGCUGUGACAGGCACAGCGGAUGUAGUAUUUCUACUUCGCACGCUAUUUCUGCAGAGAGGGGGUGGUUGUGCCCUUUUUAUCGAUGAGGAAACAGGCUCAGAGAGGAGCAGUGACUGCCGGAGCCACACAGCUCAUCAGCUGGUAGAGUUCAGCAGACGUAUUGUCCCACUAAAAUACAUCCCUGGGCUCAAGGGGGUGGGUGGUGGAGGGACAGUUCUGUUUGGCAUCAGAGCCAGAGGCGCCCAUGGGUGGGUGCAUCUCAUGAGAUGCAGACACACAUACGCACACAUAACUAUGUCCCUUUAGCUUUGGCUGAAAGAGAAAGAGAGGACCUGAAAUCUCUGAAUGUUUCAAGCGCUAGUCUCUUCUUGAAGCAGCACUGGGGCUUGGGGGCUUCCCUAGCUCUCAGCUUCCAGGCGCCCCCAGGAUUCCCAGACAGACACUGUGAUUGGCAGGAGGCGGGAUAUCCCCAGGGAAACCCAUCUUCACGCCUGGGUGACCCCUGCUGCCGCCUGCUUCUUAACUCCGCAGGAAAUCAGGGCUGGCGGCUUCCAGUGGGAGGAUGGAGCCGGUUUCCAUGGCAACCCUCAGCUGCCUCAUCCUGGCUGGGAAGGGAAGGAAGAAGGCCAGCAGAAAUAGCAGCAGGAAGGUUUCUGUGCAAGGCUGCUACCCUGGUGUGGCGGGGGGAAGCCCUUAUGACUCUCCUCUUCCGAAUCAGGGAUGCUUUGUCACUGACACUUGAGUCUCACCUGUGUUCACAAAAGUGCCAAUUCCCUGUAAAGGUGGCGUACCUCCUUGAAACCACAAUCAUUAGGCAGAGACAGUUCUCCCACCAGGCAGCUCCAGCUGGUACCAGAGAUAUUGAAAUGCAGCUUAGGAGACAGUGAUUUAAGCCUUUCUUUGUUUUAAUCUUCCUUUUUCAUUUCUUUCUUCUUUUUUUUAAUAUAAAGAAGAAGGAGAGCUGAGUGGGUUAGUUAGGGAGGUACCCGGAUGUCAUUGUAUUUCCUCAUACCUUGCUUUAGAAUCACAAAAAUUGCAGGACCUAUGUUAGAAGCACUCUUAGGUUGACCUCAUGAAGUGUUUCCUUAACAUUGUCAUUUUUAUUAUCUUUGCUAUGUUUUAUGUUGUUUACCAAAUAUUGUCCUUUAAACAGACUCAUUUUUUAAAACUUAACAGUUGUUUGGAAAGGGAACUUUUGUUUUGAUCCCUGCCAUUAAUGGACAAUAUGUACCACUCAUGGUCAAAAGUACCAAGUGACUGAAAAAUUGCUAGGAAGGGGUCUCCAUGCUGGUGUCACCAAGGCUCAGAGCCUGAGGUCCGUCACUUCUCUGUCACAAAAUGAGUGAGUGUUCAAGCCAGCCAGCAUCGCCCUGUGACUUUCUCCUUGACGAUCACUGGACGAAGAGGACAGAAAAAGGAGUAAGCUGCUCACCACAUGGGUCACCUGUGCAUCCACCUGGUCUGAGUACCACCCAGGGUCUUCGACCACCAGUGGGCCCCAGGCACACUGAGCUGGUGACUUCCCGCCCACCCAUUCUCCAGAUGAGAGUUGAUGUGUCUUGCUAGAAGUCAUUGAUGUUGAUGUUAUUUUUUAAAUAAAGUGUUUCAUGAGUAGCAGUGAUUGUUACACCUUUCCAUUUAAGUGCAGCGUUCUAUUUUCCUAUAACAUUGUCGAGCAGAAACGUGCUGAAAUACAUGAAAUCAUCCUUGUGAAACUGCCUCAG